AUGGCCGAGGGCGAGGACCUCCACUCCUUCACGUCGAUCAUGGAUGCCCUCGUCCGGAUCAGCGUGAGAACCGGGGGGGCAAAGAGGGUGGGCAACGCAAGGGAUAGAAAAACGGGGGGGGGGGACGAGAGAAAAAGGCUGUGGGGAGAAAACACCCCAAUCUAGUGCAGCCGAUGUGGGGGUGACUGUAUGCCAUGAGAAGGGAUGCUUUGCGGGAGGGGGGUGUGAGGAAGAGAGAUCUAGUACGGGCAUCCCAUUGUCUCCCUAGUGCGUCGGCAUGAUGAGGGAUCCAUGUUGCUGCCACUGGGAUCAAAAGAGCCGCCCCCCCGCAAAAAAACCUGGAAAUCACCCCCACCCACCCCAAAUAAAAUAGGUGCUGCCCCUCCCCUGCUGACAACUAGCCUAGACGCUCCCAUUCCCUCCCCCACCCCAGAAGCUCCAUCAGUUUUUCCCCGGACUCCCUUCAGGGCUAAGUGAAGGAUGCUGUGAGCAUCCGAGCACAUCCCUCCGUCGCCAUGGCAACCUCCUCCCAGGGCUGGCUGCCAGGGCCUGCCUGGUCCAGCUUCUGCCUCCGCUGUGGCUCUCUCCCUCCCUCCCUCCCCGCCCUCCUCCAUCCAUCCAUCCCCUCCCCUCUCCUCCUGCUUUGUGUGUGUGUAUGUGUGUGUGUGUCCCUUCUCGCUUGCCAAGAGAGAUGGCAUCCAGGCGGGCGCUGGGCAAGGUGAGUGCCCGUCCCUUGGGGAUGCAUGGCAGGGGAAGGAAAUGCCUUUGGGGCCCGUGGCGGCAGAUCUCUAGGUGGGGAAGCCUUGGCUGGGAAACUGCAAGAUGAAUGGUUCUUUGGCAAAAGAUCAGAUGCUGGGGUUUCUUUCCUGUUUUUUGACCACCUUCUUCCCUGCGUACCUUGAAUCGCUGGGCAGCCGGAGCGGAAGGGAAUGAAGCUUUGGGGCACGGGGUGCCGCCAAGGCAGUAGAGCCCCCCUCCACCCCACUCCCUGGCCAAAGGACAAGAGUGCCCUUGAAUGGGACGCGGCAGAGACUGGGCUGGCUGCCAAACUGCCUGUAAGAACUGGGAGGCGGGGUCUCUCUCUCCCUAACCCCCGCCCCCCGCCAGCCUGUGUGCCCAGCGGUGGGGAAAGCAGGCUGGCCCUGCCUCUGAGCUGCACGAGUGGGGAAUCUGGGUGGGUGGGCGUGAGCGGCUGACGCUGAUUUGGAGCAUUAUGCUUAUAUUGCCUGCACUGACUGGCAGCUGCUCUCCAGGGUUUCAGACACAGGCCUGUUGGAGAUGCUGGGAAUUGAAACAUGGGACUUUCAAAGCAGAUGAUGCUCUGCCCCCCCUGAGCUAUGGACCACCCCCUACAAAUAAAGGGAGACCCCACUCCUCCUGUUUGUAGAGAAAGGCCUGAUUUAAACAGGAGCAGAGGAAGCUGCCUUAUACUGAAUCAGACCAUUGGUGUAUCUAGCUCAGCAUUGUUGACACGGACUGGCAGCUGCGCUCCGGAGUUUCAGGCAGGGGACAUUCCCAGCCCUGCCUGGAGGUGUGAGGGAUUGAACCCAGGACCUUCUGCAUGCAAGGUGGGCGCUAUGCCCCUUGCACAUAUAGUUUAUUGACCUUUGGGAAAUCUCUUUGUCCCCAGAAAUGAGUGCUGUUUCUCUCACUAAUGGUCAUGUCUCUGCAUAUUGUAAGAACAUAAAUAAAUUCCUGAUGGAUUUUUUUGUGUGGGGGGGGGAUUAUAGAAGGUCCAUACCUCAGUAGCUAAGUACAAUGCCCUGCAUUCCGAAGAUUCCAGGUUCAAUCCCUAGAAACUCUAGGAAUCUAUUUUAUGUCUGUGUGAAUAGAUUUUUUUAAAAAAUAAAUCAUACUUCUAUUAUUGAUAUCACCCCUACCUCACAGUAUCACCACCCUUAGAAAAGACUUCACCAAUGCUAGGGUUGCCAUAUUUCAAAAAGUAAAAGCCAGGACACCCCAAAGUUGUGGGUGGGACUUACAUCUGAGUAGACUUAGGCCACAUCCACAGCCUACAUUUAAAGCACUAUGAAGCCACUUUAAACAGUCAUGGCUUCCCCCAGAGAAUUCUAGGAACUGUAGUUUGUUAAGGAUGCUGAGAGUGGUUAAGAGACCUCAAUUCCCUUCACAGAGCUACAAUUCCCAGAGUUCCUUGGGAAGAGGGAUUGAUUGUUAAACCGCUCUGAUUUUUCAGCAAUUUAUUCAUAUUACAGUGUAAAUCAUUGGGUGGUCAAAUAAAUAGCAGCUAAGAUCCUUAGCUUGACCAAGGAUCUUAGCAUUGCCAGGGAAGACUGGGAAUCUCCCCUGUCCGAAACCCUGGAGAGUUGCUGCCAGUCAGUGCAGGGAGUGCUGAGCUCGUUGGACCAGUGGUGUGACUCUGUGUAAGGCACCUUAUUUUGUAACAUAAUCUAGAGUGGGAGUGAAGGAGCUGUACAUAGUCCCCAUUUUCUACAAAACACAGGCAAGGAGCGUGCUUUUGGGUUCGAAUCCUUCUUGAGGCAUCUGGUUGGCCGUUGUGACUCAAGAAGGAUUCGAACCCAAAUCCUAGUACAUGCUGGACUAGAUGGGUCACUGGUCAGGUCUUGUUAUUUUCUGAGGACAAACACUGCGGUGUAAUGGUUGAAGGGAAACUGAACUGCAAAACGUUCCCAGGUCUCGCUGCUGCUCCCGCAAGUUCCCUGAUGCAAAUUUCUGUGCCUCAACUCCUGCAGCCCCAUCUGCAAAAUGGGGAUAUUAAACAGUGGCCUGGUUUACAAGGUGGUUGGGGGGGUGUUAAUGAGGCCCUUUGAACACACCUGAAGCAGGACAGCUAAGCAUUAUUAGUGAGGUAGCAUGGAGCAGUGGUUAGAGGGGUCGGCAACCUUUUCAGGCAUGUGGGCACGUUUGCACUUUUGAGUGAACAUCACGGGCGUCGCCUCCCUUCCUGGUCUGUUGUCCCCCAAAUUUCCUCCCUGCUGCACCCGCCAAGAGACAGAAAAUGCAGCCAUUUUGAAGGGAUCUGGGUAAAAGUCGGAAGCGGUAAAUUAAGCACAUGGAAAGCACAUAGAGCUGAAAGAGGAAGUGGGAAAGAGUGCCACUCUUGCAACUUCCUCCCUCAUCUCUAUGCUCUUUUGAAGGAGGCUGUGUGUGUGUGUGUGUGUGUGUGUGUGUGUGGUCAGAAGCCUUGUGGGUGCCAAGGAAAGACCUCAAGGGCUUCAUUGCACCCGUGGGCAGGACGCGGGCAAAUUUUUGAGUUGCAUUCAACCCCCAAAGCUUUAAUGGAUGCACUUAGGCCAGUCAUUUGCUUUCUGCUUUGUCUAUCCCGCAGGGUCGUUGUGAGGAUGCAAAUGAGACACACCCUAAGUGUGACAGCAAAUGCAGAAUACUUACUACUACUACAAAUAUUAUAUAUUAAUACUUAUAAUAUACAAAUGGGAUAUGCCACAAAAUUUGCCAUUUUUGUUCAGGAUCCCAGCCAGCCAGAGGCUCCAUUCCAUUCCCUCUCUCAGUUUUUUGGUCCCUUCCCCGCUCUUCGCAACAGUUAGUUGGCGCAGUGAAUAUGCUCAGUCCUUGUACGGUUGUAUUCCCUGUCCCCCAGUCCCCAGUUAGGGUCCCCCCACCCUUCUCGCUAAACUUUUUUUGGUUUGGGUACAUUUACAAACCUUGUGUGUGAUGCUAUUUUAGCGACUUCAGACUUCAUAGCCUGAAGAGAUGAAUAUAAAUCUCAAGGCAGAGCCUGUAUUUUUUGGGGUUGGGGGGGCAGCAGCGGGGUGGGUGGGUGGGGUAUAAUUGCAACUAGCAACCAGGAUCCUUUCCCUUAGCCGCUGCAGGGAAAUGCUUGACACCCCUGCACAUAGGCCAUGGAACAAAGCAUGUUGCGAAGGAUUCUGGGAAGUGUUCUAAGGCGCGCUGUUGGUCUGUUCUUCCUACGGGCAGCACAAUAAUAAUUCUAGUAAUUUAUUAUUUGUACCCCGCCCUUCUGGCUGGGCUUCCCCAGCCACUCUGGGCAGCUUCCAGCAAAGAUUAAAAAUACAUUAAAAUGUCACACAUGAAAAACUUCCCUGUACAGGGCUGCCUUCAGAUGUCUUCUAAAUGUCAGGUAGUUGUUUAUCUCUUUGACAUCUGAUGGGAGGGCGUUCCACAGUGCGGGCGCCACCACUGAAAAGGCCCUGUGCCUGGUUCCCUGUAGCACAACACUGCCUUGUGAUUUGCCAGGGAGAGGUGAUACUGCAACCCCUGCUCCAGAUUGCAAAGGGAGGUCGCGAGCGAUGGGCAAACUCUUUGAGAGUGUCAAAGAGGAGGAAGCCGCUAUUGUUAUUAUUUUUUAUUUUUUUAUUAUUUUUAAUUAUUCAUUAUUUUGCCCUGUAUUUCCUCCUCCCCCCAUCCUUCCUUUAAGCCAGUGGUUCCCAAACUUUUUUCGUUUAUGCCUUGGUUACAUAAACACAUCCUCAGUGCCCCCUACAAAAAGCACAGUUCAGAGCAGUCAGGAUAGCUCAGUUGGUAGAGCAUGAGACUCUUAAUCUCACAGUUGUGGGUUCGAGCCUUCUGCAGCCUCCUACAUUGCAGGGGGUUGGGCUAGAUGACCCCUGUGGCCCCUUCCAACUCUACAAUUCUGCGAUUCUAUGAAUAGCGGUUUGCAUGACGACCCACUAAGGAAGACGGUAACGCAAUAAAAUUCAAAACAGGAACAAAAAGGGUGUGUGCAGUGCGUGAACUUAACAGUGCUCAGUUUAUUUUUUUGGUUGCUAUUUCGUCAGCAUUGUUAAUUCUUGUUUAAUAGAUUAUAAAUGCCCUAUUGGUUCGUUAAUCAUGUGAGACGACUUUUGCUUUCAUUGCCAUCCUCAGCUUGUUUUUGUAGUUGUUGCUUUGCUAACUGUGUUUUAUAGGUUGCAACAGUUAGGCUGAUGAUUUGUUAAUUGUUCUGUGGGAUUUAUGCUGCGUUUGUGGUGUUGUGUUAUUGCUAUUCACUGUUUGUAAGCCGCUUUGGGAUUCAUUCAUUCGAACGAAAAGCGGCGCAGGCAUGCUGUAAAUCAGAUCAAAGCAAAAUUAAUUGAACAUGCAUUCAAAAGCCAAUUAAAACUAUUCAGCCUUAAGUAAUUGAACAAAAUUGAUCCAGCGAUACCAGCUUCUCAAAGUCUGGUAGUCAUUUACACCCUCAGCACCCCCUGUUGUUGCCCCCAUACCUCUUAGGUCCCUUUUGCGGGGGAUCCUACAGUAUGUUAUAAUACUGGUGUUGAGCUAGAACCAGCCUCUAUUUGCAGGAAUCACGGUUUUGUUCUCUUGAACCCUGUUUUCCCUUCCCCUCUUUCCUUGUCCUUCCAGACCAGCAUGAAGAACAUGGAGAGGGAGCUGUUGUGCCCGGUGUGCAAGGAGAUGUACAAGCAGCCCCUGGUGCUUCCUUGCAUGCACAAUGUCUGCCACAUCUGCGCCACCGAGGUCCUGCUGCAGCAAGGCUACGUCUGUCCAGACCCCACCUCCGAGCCCACCUCGCCGGCCUCCACGCCAGCCACGCGGAGCCCUCGCCUGGGCCGCCGGGUCAUCCCCAAGCCAGAGCGUCUGGACCGACUCCUUAAGUCAGGUGGGGAGGAGGGCAGUGUGGCGGCGCCCUCUGCUGGUGGGCAGGGGGACAUGUAGGGUGAGGGCACCCCCUCCUGGUAGAAGAUGGGACGGGGGUGGCGCUGUGGUCUAAACCACUUAGCCUCUUGGGCUUGCCGAUCGAAAGGUUGGCGGUUCGAAUCCCCACAACGGAGUGAGCUCCCGUUUGCUCUGUCCCAGCUCCUGCCAACCUAGUAGUUUGAAAGCACACCAGUGCAAGUAGAUAAAUAGGUACCACUGCAGCUGGAAGGUAAACGGCGUAUCUGUGUGCUCUGGCUUCCGUCACAGUGUCCUGUUGUGCCGGAAGCAGUUCAGUCAUGCUAGCCACAUGACCUGGAAAGCUGUCUGCGAACAAAUGCUGGCUCCCUUGGCCUGAAAGUGAGAUGAGCACUGCAACCCCAUAGUCGUGUUUGACUGGACUUAACCGUCCAGGAGUCCUUUACCUGUUUGAAGGUAAAAGCGGUUGGGCCGUAGGAAUGUUUGCAGUUCGUGCUGCAAGCGCAAAAGGGCAGGUCCUUGCCCUGAGGAUGUUACAAAUUAAAAUUUGGCACAGGGGAAACAGGGUGGGAGGAAAGUGGAAAGAGGGGCUUUGGGUUAUCAGCAAGAUCUGGAGGGAGGGCCCACAAGUUCCCCACACUUGCUUACAUGCCACAGUCAGACGAGGAAAGUCCAUCAGUCUUAUGUCUCUCAGCUACUCCUGGGCGUUCCCAUGAUGAGGCUGUUGCCGCAACAGAGAGGCCCCGUCCCUGACUUUGGCUCAUGUAUCUCCUCCGUCUGAGCUGAACGCAAGCAGGCGAAGACUACGCCUGAUUUUAGCCUCCUGCUCCUCUCGCUUCAGUCCUCUUCUGGUCCUGGGAGACAGUGGAGUAGAAGAGAUGAGGCAGGAGAGGAGGUGUGGAAGCCCGUGACUCUCCACCAGCCUGACCCAUCUCUCUCUCCUCCUGUACUUGUUCUUCACCCUCCAAUCCUGCAGCUUCUCCUGCCUCUUGCCUCCUAGCUGUUACAGGCUCCCCCAGAUCCUUUUCCCAAUCCCACUCCUCCCAGUGGCUGCUCAUCAGUAUCCAACCACCGCUCCUCAGCGUCCAAGCCAGUCCCUGACCGCAUUUAAUAUGUGAUCCCUGAUUGGCUGGGACACGGGUCAAGGACAGGAGUGGGGAAACUGUGACCCUCCAGAUGUCGAUGGACUACAAUCCCCAUCACCUCUGACUGUUGGCCAUGCUUGCUGAGGUUGAUGGGAGUUGGAGUCCAGCAAGACAUGGGAGGGCUCCCCAUACCCGAUUGGCUGGGACAUGAUUCUAGGACAAGGGUGGGGAACCUGUGACCCUCCGGAUGUUGCCAGACUACAAAUCCCAUCAGCCCUGCCCAUGGGCCAGUUUCCCCGAGGCUGAUGGGAGUUCUUACAUCUUCUGGGGAAGCAUCUGCUGUGUGCGCAACGUCGCCUUGUCUUCUGGUGUCCCUGUGCUUGCAGGUUUCGGCACGUACCCGGGGCGCAAGCGAGGCGGCCUCUUGCACCCCCAGAGCGUGCUCUUCCCCUGCCCGCUGUGCCAGAGGGAUGUGGACCUGGGCGAGAGGGGCCUGGGCAGCCUCUUCCGCAACCUGACGCUGGAGAGGGUGGUGGAGCGCUACCGCCACACCAUCAACGUCAGCGCCGCCAUCAUGUGCCAGUUCUGCAAGCCUCCGCAGCUGGAGGCCACCAAGGGCUGCACCGAGUGCAAAUCCAGCUUCUGCAACGAGUGCUUUAAGCUCUACCACCCGUGGGGUACCCAGAAAGCCCAGCACGAGCCCACCCCACCCACGCUCACGUUCCGGCCCAAGGUAAGGAGCUCCCUCCAACUCCUCCAAGGGCCAGGCAGGAAGACUUUGCUUUUUAUUUGAAAGUGACUUGGAAACAGCAACUAAUCCAGGCUGGAGACUGGGAGCGGCUGCCAGGACCAUAUAAUACCAGUUCUAAAGGAUCUACAUUAGCUCCCAGUAUGUUUCUGAGCACAGUUCGAAGUGUUGGUGCUGAUCUUUAAAGCCCUAAACCAGGGGUCAGCAAACUUUUUCAGCAGGGGGCUGGUCCACUGUCCCUCAGACCUUGGGGGGGUCAGACUAUAUUUUUUGGGGGGGAAAUGAAUGAAUUCCUAUGCCCCACAAAUAACCCAGAGAUGCAUUUUAAAUAAAAGCACACAUUCUACUCAUGUAAAAACACCAGGCAGGUCCCACAAAUAACCCAGAGAUGCAUUUUAAAUAAAACGGCACAUUCUACUCUUGUAAAAACACGCUGAUUCCCGGACCGUCCGCGGGCCGGAUUUAGAGGGCAAUUGGGCCAGAUCCGGCCCCUGGGCCUUAGUUUGCCUACCCAUGCCCUAAACAGUUUGGCUCUGUAUACCUGAAGGAGCGUAUCCACCCCCAUUGUCCAGCCUGGACACUGAGGUCCAGCGCCGAGGACCUUCUGGCGGUUCCCUCGCUGCGAGAAGUGAGGUUACGGGGAACCAGGCAGAGGGCCUUCUUGGUAGCGGCAGCUGCCCUGUGGAAAGCCCUCCCAUCAGAUGUCAAGGAAAUAAACAACUAUCUGACUUUUAAAAGACAUCUGAAGGCAGCCCUGUUUAGGGAAGCCUUUUGUAACGUUUUAUUAUGCUUUUAUAUAUGUCAGCUGGUGCAACCCAGUCAGAUAGGAAGCAAAUAAUAAUAAUAAUAAUAAUAAUAAUAAUAAUAAUAUCCCAACAUUUCCUCUAGGGUGGCUUCCAUGGUUCUCCCUCUUCCUCAGUCAAUCCCCACAACAACCCUGUGAGGUAGAUUAGGCUGAAAGGCAGUGACUGGCCCAAGGCCACCCAGUGAGUUUCUUGGCCAGGUCAGGAUUUGAACCCCGGACUCUCCCAGGUCCUAGUCUGACACUUUAACCACUGCACCACACUGCCUCUUGGUGUGUGUGUGUGUGUCCCUGUUUUUGCACGAAGUUCUCCCCCACAUUUCUCCCAAUCCAGGGCCUUUCUCAAGAGUACGCCUUAGGAAUCUUCCUUGGUCUUGUUUCUUGUUCCUGAAGGCCUUUUCCCCCUCACAUAGAGCUACUAAGGCACACUUUGUAGGCACUUUCCAGUUCAUUUGUGCCCCCUGGGUCUGAGGCUUCCUGUCUUAAAGAAACGGAUUCAGAGGGAAAGUCCUCUCCCUACAAAGACUAGGAAGCCUGCGUUUGUGUCCGCGAGUGCCAGGGACUUCGAACAAAGUAAAAACGUGACUAACCUGCCUCCUUCUGUGUCCCGCACAGGGUCUGACAUGCCCAGAACACCGGGAAGAGGUGACACAUUACUGCAAGAGCUGCCAGCGCUUAGUCUGCCAGCUGUGCCGUGUUCGCCGGACGCACACGGGCCACAAGAUCUCGCCCGUCGUCAGCGCCUACCAGGCCCUCAAGGUGAGGCUUUCGGUGGGAUUUAAGCUGUGUCCUUCAUCCCCACCUCUGUCCGCCCAGGCAGUUCUGAUAAAAUGGCAGAGUUGAGAAAGGAAGGUAGAGAAGUUGCUGGCCCAGAGAUGGAAAGACGGAAAAGUCCCCACCAGAGAAGAACGGCGAGUUAAACUGAUGGAUUAUGUUGAGCUGGCGAAAAUGACUAGAAAUAUCAGAAACCAGGAAGACCAAGGUUUUGGUAAAGACUGGAGGAAAUUUAUUUUAUACCUGGAAGAGCGUUUUAACAGGACUGAAAUAACACUUGUGAGUUAACAGAGACUUACAAUAUAAAAUAUACCGUAUUUUUCGCUCUGUAAGACGCACCAGAUCACAAGACGCACCUAGUUUUUGGAGGAGGAAAACAAGAAAAAAAAUAUUCUGAAUCUCAGAAGCCAGAACAGCAAGAGGGAUCGCUGCACAGUGAAAGCAGCAAUCCCUCUUGCUGUUCUGGCUUCUGGGAUAGCUGCGCAGCCUGCAUUCGCUCCAUAAGAUGCACACACAUUUCCCCUUACUUUUUAGGAGGGAAAAAGUGAGUCUUAUAGAGCAAAAAAUAGGGUAAAUGGAAUAAAUGGAGGACAUGAAAUAUGCAGCAGGAAAUGUUAAACAUGGAACCCCUGGGAGGGUGGAGUGAGGUCCAAGGAUGCGAGGGAAUCUUGUGUCUGUUUUUCCUAUGGUUAAUUACAUCUGAUUGAGAACGUUAAAAAAUAAUUGGAAAAUCAAUAAGAUUUUGUUAGAAGUGCAAAUCUAAAAAUAAAAAAAGGAAGUUGCCAUAUAGCGAGUGAGACCAAACAGUCCAUGUAGCUUAGUGUUGCCUCACUGAUAAAUAUUGCCACAGACAUUUCUGAGAUCAUGGUCUUUCCAACGAGUGGCUCCUGUCCAGGUUUGCUCAUUGUCUUACUUUAAAUGUUGUGAGGAUCCAGUGCCUUUUUAAAAUGUUUUUUUUUUGGGGGGGGGGUUGUUAUUGGGUUGUUGUUUUUAUUUUGAUUAUGUAUUUUGUGGUUUCAUAUUUUGAUUUUAUUCUGUGAACCGCUCUGAGACCUCCAGAUAUAGGGCGGGAUAUAAAUUCAAUCAAUCAAUCAAUCAAUCAAUCAGUCAGUCAAUCACCUGGUAUCUUCCUGCAUGUGCUGCACUGCUGACCUGCGGCCCUUCUCUUAAAUAUGACAGCAAGAUUCUAGUUCUCAUGGUUCUGAGUUAAAGGUUUUAAGUUUUUAACAGGGUUUUAAACAGGGGCAUAGGAAACUGCCUUAUACUACCCACACUGACUGGCAGCCAUUCUUCAGCAUUUUGGGUAGCAAGUAUCUCAGGUAUACCUACAGAGGCCGGGAAUCAAACCUCCAGCCUUCGGCAAAGCAGAUGCCAUGUUCUGCCACUCUGCAACAGGCUCCCUCUAGGAAGCACUUAAGAUUUCCAUGCUUAUAGGGCUGGCUUCAGUAGGGAUGUCAGAUGCUGCCUAAUUCAGAGCCAAAGCUUUGGUCCACCUAGCUCAAUAUUGCCCACACUGACUGGCAGAAGCUCUCCAGGGUUUCAGGCCUGGAGUCUUUCCCCCAGGUCUGUGUAGAGAUAUGUAUGCUGAACCUUCUUGUAAAACAGGCUGAGGUAUGGCCUUUCCAUCCAAACUGUGGAAUCUGGAGCAGCUUAGGUUGUAACAGACCGAUGGGGUGGUUUGCACCUGUAUUCCAUUUCAUUUUCAUUUCAUUCUACUUUUAAUUUGUAUACCACCUUUCUGUAUUGCUAUACCGAAUACAGUUUACGGCAACAAAAUAUAACAACAAAGAUUGCACACCUUAAAACCAUCUAAUCCAAUACAAAAAGUCACAAUAAAACAAUAAAACUUUAAAAUGGAACGACUUACUUCGAAUAAAGCGAUAUUCAAUCAUCUAUUAGCGUAUAACAAUACACAGUAAAGUUAACUCCCAAAACAUCAGCAAAUUAUAAUUAAACAGAAAUUCACUGUAUCAUGCAGACCCCCGUUUAUUUCAAUAUCCCAUUGUCUUGCUGCUUUCCCCCAUUUCGCCUUUUGACAUUCCCUCCGUAGUAAACAUCCUGGCAAUGAAACAGCCCAAUAUUGCCCAGCCAGUUUUCUGACUGAGCAGCGAUUCGAACCUUGGUCUUGUAGGUCCUAGUUCAGCACUCUUAACUGCUACUCUGGUUCUCUUUGGCACAAAUGUACGAGUCUCUGCCGCAUCUGGAGCCGCGUAUUUUGGGUCUGUAUCGUUGGGGAACGGUGGCGUGUGUUGGCUGUGGGGCAGGGGGAGGCAGAGGAAGGAGGAGUGGGCGAUUCUCAAGGGAUUGGGUGGGGUGGGGGUGGCAGAAUCGGGAACCCUCAGAGCUUGGUGUCAAAUGUGUACCAUAAUGCUUUGCUGCUCACAUCGCUCUCUCUUUUCCUCCACCCCUUUUUCCUUGCACAUCCAGGAUAAACUGACCAAAAGCCUGACGUACAUUCUGAGCAACCAAGACACAGUCCAAGCCCAAAUCAGUGAGCUGGAAGAGACCCUGCGACUCACCGAGGUACAAACUGCUCUCCCGUCCGUUUUUCUUGUUUCACAUUUCCUGCUUCAGAUGGAGGGGGGGCUGUCUGUCAUUCCAGUUCCCUCGUCCCAAAUAUGUUUUAAAGGGUUUCAGAAAGAGAGUCUGUGGUUCUUCUUCUUACCUGUCUUCAGGCGAUUGUGUCAGAUGGCAAUAACUUUAGAAGACAUCAGAAGGCAGCCCUGUACAGGGAAGUUUUUGAUGUCUGGUAUUUUGCUGUGCUUUAAAUGUUUUGUGGGGAGCCACGCAGAGUGGCCGGCGCAACCCGGCCAAACGGGCGGUGUAUGAAUAAUCUUCUUCUUCUUCUUUGGCGAUCCCUCGUAGCCGAGUAAGAUUGUCUUCCAUAAACAUGGUUUUCAGAAGUGAGUCCGUAAGUGACUGUAGAGGCCAAUUCAGGAUCCACACUUCCUUCCACAGUGGAGACAUAGGUUUCUGGGCCGUGGGGUAUAGGUUUCCAGGCCAAGCGUGCCUUCCUCUUAGCACGUGUCUCCCUUGCGUCCUGAGUUCGAGUGUCUUCAAAACCCACAACACCAUUGGCAAAGGCUGUUCUCCAACCGGAGCACUUGCAGGCCAGUGUUUCCUAGUUGUCCGUGUUUACACUGCAUUAAUAAUAACAACAAAAUUAUCACAUGGGAGAUGGAGCAAAUUUGUUUUCUCCUGUUUGGGGUGGGUGGGUAGGGCCAAAAACCAAUGGAUUCAAAUGACAAGAAAGGAGAUUCUGACUAAACGUCAGGAAAAACUUUCUGACGGUGAGAGCUGUUUGACAGUGGAUCUGACUUGUUCGGAAGGUGGCAGACUCCUAUCCGCUGGAGGGUUUUAAAGAGAGGCUGGAUGACCAUCUGUCAGGGAUUCUUCAGCUGGGAUUCCUGGAUGAUCCUUGGUCAGGGGUCAGCAAACUUACUGCGCCUUGGGCUGGUGUCUCCAGUGCCGAUCACGCGGUGGACCGGAGGGCGGGGGAGCGCGUACCCAUACGCGUAAGCACAUGCUAUUUCUGACGCACUUCCGGGUCGGAGGAGCACUGGAUAUAGCUUGUGUGCAUGUGCACGGGCCUCCUCCAACCCGGAUGUGGACUGGAAAUAACGCUUGCGCAUGUGCACAAGCUAUUUCUGGUGCUCCUCCAACCCGGAAGUGGGCAACCACGCAGUGCCGGUAAGAGCGGGCGAUGGGGGUCGCCACGGGCUGGAUAAAUGAAUCCCUCGGGCCUUAUCCGGCCCGCGGCCCUUAGUUUGGGGACCCCUGUCCUUGGUGUCCCUUCUAGAAGCUGAACGAGAAGAAGAGCCACAGGUGCCCCUCUGCAAUCCAGAGAGCUGCCGCCGCUUUUUGUACUCUGUUUUGUGGGAUGUGAUACAUAAGUAGCAGUCAAGUACAACAUUCCUUGUUUUCCUAGAGUGGACAUGCAGGGGAAUGUUUGGCGCAGCCAGUUGAAAACUUCCUGUUUCCUCCCGGCUGGGACAUACUUCCUUUGCAUGUGACUAGAGGUGGCGUGACCUCACCUGUCCAGGUAACAAAAGGACAAGGCACGCUGCCACAUUCUCUCUCUUUGACUUCCUCCAUCGUUGGAGCAGCUUUUUAGCUAGAGAUGCUCUGCUGGCUUCCAGCAACAGAGGACACUGGGAUUAUCCCCAUAUGGGAUAAAUCCACAUGUAUUUUACUUUGUAACUAAGUCUGCCUUCAGGGAUCCAACUGUGAACUGAGUGUGAGUAAACUUCUUUUAUCGGCUUUACUCAAGAUUGUGGCGUGUUUAUUCUUUUAAGAGGGAUAUAAGGGAACUUGCCAGGAACCUAAUAGUAAGAGGCUUACACAAGCCUGCAACCAGCUACCUGCCAUGCAUUUAAAAGGGGAAUGUGAAACUCUGCUAAGUUAAGGAACUUGCUAGCGCAAGUUGGGAAGGUUGUUAAUAAACAAUAUAGUGGUACUCUGGUCACAAACUUAAUUCGUCCCGGAGGUCUGUUCUUAACCUGAAACCGUUCUUAACCUGAGGUACCACUUUAGCUAAUGGGGCCUUCUGCUGCCGCCGGCGCGCGAUUUCUGUUCUCAUCCUGAGGUAAAGUUUUUAACCCGAGGUACUGCUUCUGGGUUAGCGGAGUCUGUAACCCGAAGUGUUUGUAACCUGAAGUGUUUUUAACCCGAGGUACCACUAUAUAUAUAUAUAUAUAUAUAUAUAUAUAUAUAUAUGUAUGAUAUUUAUUAAAGUUUCAAAGAAUACAAGAAUUUCACAAAAACAAAAAGUAAAAAUACAAGAAAAUACAGAAUACAGAAAAAAGAAUAAAGUUUUUAAAAUAUAGCAAAAAAAUGGGUAAAAGCUUAAUGGUAAGGAUUUGCUGAACUAACAAACUGAACUGGAAUACAAAAAAGGGAGGUACGAGGAGGCCCGGGGAAAUAAGUGUAAGGAAGAUAGGCUCUGGAAAAUUAACCGAGGUACCACUGUAUAUCCCCUCCUGCCUCCCUGAGCGCAGUGCCCAUGUGUUUUGCCUCCCCGCAGGCGAACGGUGCCCAGGCCAAGGAGGAAGUGGCCCGGCUGAUGCGCGGCCUCAGCGCCCUCUUGGAGGAGAAGCAGUCGUCGCUGCUCAACGCCAUCGAGGAGUGCCGGCAGGACCGCGUCUCCAACCUGAGGGCGCAGCUGCACGAACACCGUGCCAUGAUGGAGAACUCCGGCAUGGUGGGCUACACCCAGGAGGUGCUCAAGGAGACGGACCAACCCUGCUUUGUCCAGGCUGCCAAGCAGCUACAUAACAGGUGUGUGUGUGUGGAUGCAACAAAUUUAAAAUGGCACCCGGGGAAGUUUGUGCCAUAAUGGGAGAGAACUACAAAAUUAAUGAAUGUUAGAAUGAUGUUGGAUUGAAGUUAAGUGGUUUCUAGCUGUAAUGGUAUAAAAGAUUAUGGAAAAAUUGGUUUUUAAUAUCUAAAAAUUUAAUGUUAUAAUAUAUCAGGAUUAAAGAUCAGGAUUAAAAAGGAGGGAAAGGAAUCGCUGGAUUAAUAAAUUGAAUUGGAAUACAAAAGAGGGAGGUAUGAGGAGGUCUGGGAAGCAAGUAAAUCUAAAAGAAGUGAUGAAAAGAUGGAAUUGUUUUUAAUUGGUUUUUCUUUUUUGUAUUUUGUAUGUUGUAUUUUUUCUUUUUUUACUGUCAACUUUCUUUUUAAUGUAAUUUUUUCCUUUUGAAAUUUUAAUAAAUAUCAUUUAAAAAAAAAAAACAUAAUGGGAGAGAACUAAAUCCCCGGGAGCUUGCUUCCCUCAACUUUUUCUUGGCUGGUAACACAAAUGUGCGUUUCCUAAUGUCUUACUGGUCAGUUAUUGUCGGCAGCUAGGUGAGAAACCUAGCACUGGAAGUUUCUGGAAGGAGUACCUGCCGCCAUGUGGCGUUGGAAAGUUUGGCAGUUAGCUCUGGUAGAAAAAUCGAGCGACAAGUGUCAGCUUUCGAGGGGUUUCUUAUGGCGGGUCAGUAUUCCUUCAUUACGCCGGUGCUUUUUUCUGGGGGGACGCAGGGGUAUGCGUACCCGAACGGGAGAAGAAACUAAAAAAACCAAAAUUUUUAGUUUCUUCUCUAGCACAGUGAAUCGUCAGUUCCGUUGCUACCCCUGAUGGCGGCCACAUUUCCUGUCACGGCGUUUCCUGAGUCUCAGACGGAAGUGAGCGUUUAAUGUGUGAAGCAGUGUGGAAUGUGGGUGUGUGGUGUUUUACUGAUGACCGUUUGGUCUCAUUGAGGGACAGUAUUUCAAUAUGAGUAGGAAAAUCAGACUGGAAUGCAGUUUUUAAUGCCUUUAAUAAUAACAGAAGCAGGCAUGUGCGGAACGAGAGUGUUGUUGUUGUGUUGAGAGAUAGCAACGUGGCCCAAUGCCUUUUGUUGUUUUGUCAUGCGGCGCACCCAGUGGUGUAAAUAAAAAUUCAAGCCAACAUGCCAGUACGUUGGUCAAAAAGCCGUGGUUCCGUAAUGCAACAGGUACCGGGGCGCAAAAUGAACAUUAAAAAAACAUUGUACAGUGGUACCUUGGUUUAAGAACUUAAUUCGUUCUGGAGGUCUGUUCUUAACCUGAAACUGUUCUUAACGUGAGGUACCACUUUAGCUAAUGGGGCCUCCCGCUGCCGCUGCCACUCGAUUUCUGUUCUCAUCCUGAGGUAAAGUUCUUAACCCAAGGUAAAACCCAUGUUUUGUGCCACGAACCCUGCUUUUUUUGCUGCCCCUGAAACUGAGUACAGUGGUACCUCGGGUUAAGUACUUACCAUAAUUCGUUCCGGAGGUCCGUACUUAACCUGAAACUGUUCUUAACCUGAAGCACCACUUUAGCUAAUGGGGCCUCCUGCUGCUGCCGCGCCGCCGGAGCACGAUUUCUGUUCUCAUCCUCAAGCAAAGUUCUUAACCCGAGGUAAUAUUUCUGGGUUAGCGGAGUCUGUAACCUGAAGCGCAUGUAACCCGAGGUACCAUUGUAGUUAGGAAAACUAAUGCAAUAUUCCGCACGUCUGAAUGACCCCAAGCACAAUCGAUGAAAAUAGUACAGAUAUAUUGAAGAGAAGUGUGUAUCUCUACCGCAGUUCAGUCUCACCUGAUCUUUGCCCUCUGGGUGCUGUUGGGCUCCGUCUCCCAUCACCCCCAGCGCGGGCAGCCAGUGGGUCAGGGUGAUAGGAAUCGUUGCCCUCAGUGCCCAGAGGCUGGGCAGGACAGUAGGCUUUGGAUCUGCCUUGGGAAACUGCUCCUCUUUGCCUGACCCCCUCUUUCCUUCCACCAAACCCCCCACCCCGCCGGCAGGAUCGUCCGGGCGACCGACUCCCUCCAGGUCUUCCGCCCGGCAGCCAACUCGUCCUUCAGCCACUUCCAGGUGGAUGUGAGCCGAGAGCUGAAGCUGCUCACGGACCUCACCUUCAUCAAAGGUACGUACGGGACGUGCGGCGGCCGAGGAGGCUUUGGCGUGGUAGGAAGCGGGCCUCAAAGGGAUGGGGCAGCAGGGUCGUGGCACCCUUCCCUUGCCCUCGCGUCCCGUGCCGGUGCCGUUCCGCCGGAGGAAAUCCUCACCCGGUCCGGUUUGCCGAAGGAACCGCCGCCCUUGCGUGAAAAGCAGCGGGCGCAGAGCCGGGAUUUGUUUUUGAUCGUAGCAGGACAAGCGAAUUCCUCCUUGCCUGGGGCCUGUGAGGGGUGACCCCCUCCCAGGAGCCCUCGGCCCGCCCCCUAACAGUGGGGCUUGGCCUGCGCUGUGAUCCUCCGAGGGAAGGUAGCUUGUGUGGCGCCGAUCUGACAGAUCACGGCCCUUGGGCGCGGAGGGUAAGUAUGGGGGCUGUUUCCCCUCCUUCCAUUCCGCUUCACCCCAUUCCCACUUCACGCAUCCCCCUCCAGACCCAAGGUGGGCUGGGUGGGUGUUUGAUUCCCCCACCACCCCGUCUCUCACAUCGCCUCUGGACCGCACCCUGGGAUUCUUGGCCCCGGUCAGCUCCAUCUCACCCCCCCCGACCUGCGACCCCUGCAUCCCAUGAUCCAUAGCCCACCCGAUAUUCCAGGCGCAGCGCCCGCCCCCCAGCGGCCCACCUCCGCCCCGUGCCUGGCUGUUGACCCAUCUCAGACCUGCUUUACCUCUCUUUGUUUAUAGGCUUUGGCUGCUGCUGAGUCAUCAUCGAAGUAAAAAAAUGAGGCAAGUCAUCUCCCGCCCAGCCGACCCCCCUCCACCUCAGUCCUCCCUGAGCCGCCUGACACUCUCUCUCACUUCUCUCUUUCUCCUCCCUCUGCCCCCAUCGCCAGCCCUCGCGCCUCCAUCCUGCAUCCUUCGCCUGCAUCCUCCCGUCCCCCUGUGUGGCUUAGGUUUGGUUCGGGUCCUCAAGAUGCUCUGGCCGGGCCAAGCACCUCUGAGCACGUGCAGAGUUUUAAAAAAAAGACUGCUCGGUCGCAGGGUUCCUUCCCGCUCACCGCUGAUUCUCGAUUUAGGUUUUGCUGUCAACGGUGUCCAAAUACAGUGGUACCUCGGGUUAAGUACUUAAUUUGUUCCAGAGGUCCGUUCUUAACCUGAAACUGUUCUUAACUUGAAGCACCACUUUAGCUAAUGGGGCCUCCUGCUGCCGCCGCGCCGCUGGAGCAUGAUUUCUGUUCUCAUCCUGAAGCAAAGUUCUUAACCUGAAGCACUAUUUCUGGGUUAGUGGAAUCUGUAACCUGAAGUGUAUGUAACCUGAAGAGUAUGUAACCUGAGGUACCACUGUAAGCGUUCUCGGUUGGGACAACGAAAUAGUUUCAGUUUCUUCCUCAAGGCAUGACACAGAGGGGUGCCGGUUUGACGUAGAGAGGUCUAGGGGUCCUAUGUGCUUCACUGCCCCUUCCUUGCCCCCCAACUAAAUUUAGUUCUUCCCUGCUCUUUCACAACUCAAAAGCUUUUCUCCCAAAACAGUGGUACCUCGGGUUAAGUACUUAAUUCGUUCCGGAGGUCCGUUCUUAACCUGAAACUGUUCUUAACCUGAGGUACCACUUUAGCUAAUGGGGCCUCCCGCUGCCGCCGCGCAAUUUCUGUUCUCAUCCUGAAGCAAAGUUCUUAACCUGAGUUAAUAUUUCUGGGUUAGCUGAGUCUGUAACCUGAAGCGUCUGUAACCCGAGGUACCAAUGUAGCUUGACUUCUGCCAAAACUCUCCAUUGUAUAAUUCAGGGGUUUAGGCCACAAUUCAGCCUCCUCAAAUGUUGCUGGAUUCUAAGUCCCAUCAGCCCCGGAGGCAAUGGGGCUGUAAGGAAGCAAAAUCCUAGAGGGUUGGCUACCCCUGGUUUUCGUUUAAACAUUUCUGUCCUGUCUGAACUGGGGGCCACCCUUAUUCCUGGGAAGCAAGCCAGGCAGUCGCCUGAGGUGACAAAAUACCAGCAGCGAGUUGGUGAGCUGCCUCAGCUGUGUAAAUAUCAUUGAAUCAUAGAAUGGUAGAGUUGGAAGGGACCCCAUGUUUCAUCUAGUCCAACCCCCUGCAAUGCAGGAAUCUCAGCUAAAGCAUCCAUGACAGAGGGCCGUCCAACCUCUGCUUAAAAACCUUCAAGGAAGGAGAGCCCACCGCCUCCCGAGGGAGAUGGUUCCAUAUCGGAGAGAGACUUCCUGUAGCUUGCAGAGAUCUGUUGUGUUCUGGAGGACAUCAACAGCAAAAUCAUCGAAGGGAGGCAUUAGGCCUCUGAACACCAGUUGGGGAGAAUUGAGGUUGUGUAGGGCUGUGUACCAGCAUUAGACAAAUCCCAGAUUCUGAACCGAAUGGGGUUGAUCCAGGGUUUGCCUGGACAGGGCUGAAGUAAUCCUGCAUCACUCUGGGUUGGGGCCACCCAAAGUGAAGUGGGGCUCUCAGAAGAAGACACUUUUUGAUUUUUUGACCAUUAGUGGUCUGGGUUGAAGGGGCCAGGACUCUCAAGCAACUUUACUCCCUGGUGCCCAAACAAAAACAUGGAUAAUACCCUUUUAAUUCUCUGGCUUUCUUCCUUCACCCUUUUCAUUUUAGAGGUCCCGGGUUACAUCUAACUGAAUUUUUACACGCAUUGAAACAAAUGUCAUAUCCAUCCAUUUUUCAAUAGGGCCUGACACAGGAUACGACCCCCUGAAUCUUGUUUUUGAAAAUCACCUCCCUCCUCUGCAAAAUAUUGCAGUCUUCUUCCGAUUUAACCAACAAACUGAUCAAAAAAAUCUGAGGUUAAUUAGCUCACGUUGCGUUUCUAGGCCCCACUGAAUGCAGUGGGAACAAUUCCUGCAGUGGACUGCAGUGUAAGUUGCAUAUUUUGUUUCCAAAAGGGUUCGUUUCUCUUUCCCCAUCACCACCAAGAAAUAAUAAUAAUAAUAAUUUUAAUUUAUAUGCCGCCCAUCUGACAGGGUUGCCCCGGCCACGGUGGGCGGCUUCAGGUGAAUUAAAAUACAGUAAGACUUCAAACAUUUAAAACUUCCCUAUACAGGGCUGCCUUCGGAUGUCUUCUAAAAGUCAGACAGUUGUUUAUCUCCUUGACAUCUGAUGGGAGGGCGUUCCACAGGGCGGGUGCCACUACUGAGAAGGCCCUGUGCCUGGUUCCCUGUAACCUCACUUAUCGCAGUGAGAGAGCCGCCAGAAGGCCCUUGGCACUGGACCUCACUGCCUAGGCCGAAUGAAACUUAUUAUUCGUUUCAUUUUUUACUGAAAGCAACUCAAAGCAACUUGCGGCAAUCAUUCAGUGCUGUUUUCUCCCCUUUUAUUCAUUUUUGGGUCCUACGGCAGGAGUGGGGGAAACUCAUAUCUGGCUCCCCAGCCCUCUCCAUCGAUGUCCUGGCCCUCUCAAGGCCACCACCAUAUCGCCUCAGCUCUCUCCUUCUCUUCUGUGUCUAUUCAGCCAUGGUCUGUCUCCUCCUGCCUCGCUCUUCCUCUCCUCCUCCUCCUCCUCUCUUUCUUCCCCUUUUCCCUUCCCACCCUGCUCCCCGACUCUCGCACUCAGCCUCUUUCUGCUCCCCGGAGUCUCUCAGCAGCUUGCCCCGUCUUCCCGACAGCUCUCCCCCCCACCCCGUUUUUUCGCCUUCUGGAACCCCCUUAGCCUGUAGCCAGUUGUCUGUCGGUCCGUGCAGAGUGCCCGUCGCCUGUUGUCCGCGGCGGCGCCUGACAUCGCCUGUCUUUGUCCCCUCUCCCUCCUUCUUUCUCUCUCUCCCCCACCGCAGCGCCGGAGGCCCCCGUGAUCGACACGCAGCGCACCUACGCCUAUGACCAGAUCUUCCUCUGCUGGCGCCUGCCGCAGCACUCGCCGUCCGCCUGGCACUACACGGUGGAGUUCCGGCGCGCCGAGCCCAAAGGGAAGGCCCUCAAGCUGUGGCAGCGCCGCGAGGAGGUGCGUGGCACCAGCGCGAUGGUGGAGUACCUGGACACCGACUGCGUCUACGUCCUGCGGGUCAAGGGGUACAACAAGGCCGGGUUCGGAGACUACAGCGAGGACAUCUACCUGCACACGCCGCCAGCGCCCGGUAAGACCCUCCUAAAAAUAUAGGCAGUCUGUCUUUCUGACAACCAGGGCAUGUUUACCUGGAAAUACUGAGCCACUUCAAGGUUCUUUGGGUCCAGGGGACCUUUGGGGAUCAGCUCGAUCACCGACAUUAUCUGCAGGUGUGUCGUUGGCCCUUUCCCGAGUUGGCAACGACGAGAAACCGAGCCUUUAGAGCCGCCGGCCCCGUCCUGUGGAACUAUCUGCCCCUAGAGAUUCAGCAGACACCUUCUGUGCCAGCAUGGUGUAGUGGUUAAGAGCAUAGUUGUUAAGAGCGAUAGAUUCGUAAUCUGGUGAACCGGGUUCGUGUCUCCACUCCUCCACACGCAGCUGCUGGGUGACCUUGGGCCAGUCACACUUCUCUGAAGUCUCUCAGCCCUGCUCACCUCACAGAGUGUUUGUUGUGGAGGAGGAAGGGAAAGGAGAAUGUUAGCCGCUUUGAGACUCCUUUGGGUAGUGAUAAAGUGGGAUAUCAAAUCCAAACUCUUCUUCUUCUUCUUCUUUCAAAAGCCUGCCGAAAACUUUCCUAUCCCACCAGGCAGGCGACGAAGAAUGCGUCCUUCCCCAAUGGUUAAUUCAUGCCUGUUUCAAACUUUUGAAAAAUGUUUUAAACUUUUUUUAAUGGUUUUAUAUUGGUACCUUGGUUCUGAAACUUAAUCCGUUCUGGAAGUCCGUUCCAAAACCAAAGCGUUCCAAAAUCAAGGUGCGCUUUCCCUUAGAAAGUAAUGCAAAACCGAUUAAUCCGUUCCAGACUUUUAAAAACAACCCCUAAAACAGCAAUUUAACAUGAAUUUUACUAUCUAACGAGACCAUUGAUCCAUAAAAUGAAAGCAAUAAACAAUGCACUGUACUGUAAAAUCAAUGAAACAGUAUUGUAGAUGAUAAAAAUGAACAUGUAUUUUUUCCCCUUACCUGCACUGUCUAAAGUGGCUUUGCAGCUUAUAUCCAUUUCCGCAGUCAAUCAAUCAAUCAGUAGCUGAACUGGGUUCCACACAGUCACUAAAACAAAACAAAAAAGCCACAAAAACACAAAACAAAUAGCAUAAACAGACUUCACCGUGUGGCACUCAGAAAGAAAGUGUAACACUCAAAUCGGACCACGUUCAGCUUCCAAAAAAAGUUUGCAAACUGGAACACUUACUUCUGGGUUUACAGUGUUCGGGUUCCAAGUUGUUCGACAACUAAGCUGUUCAAGAAACAAGGCACCACUGUCCUGUACGGCUCUUGUUUUAUUCUUAUUGUUUAUUGAAUUUGUAUACAGCCCUUCAUCGGGGUGGUUCACAGUUUUACUGCUGUAAACCGCUUGGCUAUUUUUAAAUGAUGUAGCGGUAUACAAAUAUUUUUUUUAAACGAACGAAUGAAUGAGCCCCAUCUGCACUGUAGGUUUAAAGCAACAUCAGACCACUUUAGAAAGCCAAAAAGUAUCCCGGGAACUCUUAAUAUUUUAAGGGUGCUAGGAGUUGUCAGGAGAACCCUUAUUCCCUUCCCAGGACUACAAAUUCCCAGAGUGGUUUAACAAUCAGUGCCUCUUCCUAAGGAACUCUGGGAAUUGUAGCUGUGUGAUGGGGAAUAGGGACCUCCUAAUGACUUUUUGCACCUUUGAUAAACUACAGUUCCCAGAGUUAUUUGGGGGAGAAUCAUGGCUGUUUAAAGUGUUGAUGUGUCCAAAGUUUCUACACCUCAGCAGCUUUUUAGGGGGGACGGGUUCUUCCUAGUUAAGAUUCUUUCUCCUCCUUUUCCUUCUGCCCGCCUCCCACCUUCACCUUCUCCCAAGUGCUGAACUUCUUCCUGGACAACCGGUGGGGGUUCAACCGGGAGCGCCUGGCGAUCAGCAAGGACCAGCGGGCCGUCCGGAGCGUGCCGGGGCUGCCCAUGCUUUUUGCCGCAGAGCGGCUGAUGACCAGCUGCCACCUGUCGAUCGACCUGGUGAUCGGGGACGUGGCCGUCACCCAGGGGCGCAGCUAUUGGGCCUGCUGCGUGGACCCCAGCUCCUACCUGGUCAAGGUGGGCGUUGGGCUGGAGAGCAAGUUGCAAGAGUGGUUCCAGGUACCCCAGGAUGUGGUGAGCCCCAGGUGAGCAGCGGCUGUUCUGGAGGGAGGAAGAGGGGCAGGUUUUCUCAAGAAAAUUGUCUUUUUAAUUUCAUAAAGUUUAUAUAUACAGUGGUACCUCGGGUUAAGUACUUAAUUCGUUCUGGAGGUCCGUUCUUAACCUGAAACUGUUCUUAACCUGAAGCACCACUUUAGCUAAUGGAGCCUCCCGCUGCCGCCACGUCGCCGGAGCCCGAUUUCUGUUCUCAUCCUGAAGCAAAGUUCUUAACCCGAGGUACUAUUUAUGGGUUAGCAGAGUCUGUAACCUGAAGCGUAUGAAACCCGAGGUACCACUGUAUAUAGAAAAACCUCCACCCAACUGUAUUGCAAAAGGGAUAUUGAUUAGGAUAUUGACUAUAAUAUUGACCAGCUUAUUGAUCAGGGUAUAAAUAGAAAUACUGCUAUAUUGCAAUAGCUCAGCUGGUUAGAGCGUGAUGCUGAUAACGCCAAGGUUGCAGGUUCGAUCCCCAUAUGGGAGAGCUGCGUAGUCCUGCAUUGCAGGGGGUUGGACUAGAUGAUCCUUAAGACCCCUUCCAGUUGGAAUAAUAGUAAUAAUAAUAAUAAUAUUAAUAAUACUGUACCCCACCCAUCUGACUGGGUUGCCUCAGCCACUCUGAGCGGCUUCCAGCAUAAUAAAAACACAGCAAAAUGUCAAACAUUAAAAGCUUCCCGAUACAGGGCUGCCUUCAGAUGUCUUCUAAAAGUUGUAUAGUUCUUUAUCUCCUUGACAUCUGAUGGGAGGGCGUUCCACAGGGUGGGUGCCACUGCCGAGAAGGCCCUCUGCCUGCUUCCCUGUAACUUCACUUCUCGCAGGGAGGGAACCGCCAGAAGGCCCUCAGAGCUGGAUCUCACUGUCUGGACUGAACGAUGAGGGUAAAGACACUCCUUCAAGGAGAUAAAUAACUGUACAACUUUUAGAAUCGUCUGAAGGCAAUCCUGUUUUCGGGAAGUUUUUAAACGUUUGCUUUGUCCCUUUAUAUUUUGUUGGGAGCUGUCUGAUCUGACUGGCAACCCAGCCAGAUGGGCAGCGUAUAAGAAAUAAAUGAUGAUGAUGAUUAACCGUCAGUCGCUUCUCGCGAAGGUUUAUCUUUCGGCCCAGGCUGGCUGGGGGCUGAUGGGAGCUGGAGUUCGAAAACACCUCUGCCAUGGCUGGCUCAGAGCUGGUGGGAACUGUAGUUCUUGGACUCCAGCUCCCAUGGUAAGGUUCCCAGGGGGCUGGGGCCUUGACCGCGGUGUGAGCCAGCUUCCUAGGCUCAUGUGCCGUUGGACUUGUUGCUCUGAGGCCUAACUCUUCCUCUCCCCCUGGCCUGCCUCCUUGUUUCCCGUGGCUCAGGUACGACCCCGACAGCGGUCAUGACAGUGGCGCCGAGGACACCACCCUGGACACAGCGCCGCCUUUCGCCUUCCUGACCAUCGGCAUGGGCAAGAUCCUCCUCUCGCACGGCGUGGCGCUGACUUCGCGGGACCCCGGCAACUGCACUGUGCCGCUGCCUCCCCGUGUGGGCAUCUGCCUGGACUACGAGCGGGGCAAGGUGACGUUCUUCGACGCCGUCUCCUUCCGCAGCCUCUGGGAGUGCGGCAUCGACUGCUCGGGACCCGUCUGCCCUGCCUUCUGCUUCAUCGGCGGCGGCGCACUGCACCUCCAGGAGCUGGUGGCCAACCGACAGGAGCGGAAGGUCACCAUCGGCGGCUUCUCCAAGAUGGACUGA